AUGGCCCUCGUCAGAGACAAGCAGGUCAAAGAGGGCAGGGUGGCAACCAGGGUGGAGGUCCGGGAGGACCUGGAGGCAACCAGGGUGGAGGUCCGGGAGGACCUGGAGGCAGCCAGGGUGGAGGUCCGGGAGGACCUGGAGGCAGCCAGGGUGAAGGUCCGGGAGGAUUUGGUGGUGGCCAGGGUGGUGCUCAAGGUGGACCUGGGAGCAACCAGGGUGGUGGUCAAGGUGGAUUCGGUGGCAGCAAGGAUGGUGGUCGAGGAGGACCUGGAGCGAACCUUGCCCGACUUCCCCGUUGUCCCUGGAGCGUGA